UUCUUAACUCCCAAACAAAGGGUAAGCCUGCCUCACGGUCUGAACAAAAACUCGAUAAAGUUACACGAAGAGAAUCUCUUUGCUUCAUCGAUGUCGAUCGAGCCCUUGUUAGAUCUCCUCUCUUACCGUCUCAUGUCAUCUAAUCUCAUCGCGGUCCAACUCCAGGCAAGCAUCGAUGCCCUAACCCUAGAUGGAAAUCAAACAAUUAAGUUCUCUCCCGCUUAGGUAACAAAGGUUUUGAACUGAAGGAGUGAAGAAAGUUUCAGAAGUUGAUGCAUUGUGCUCUAUAUUAUUGUUUGAAAGUGAGAAAUGGCUCAGUCUUCUGCUCGAAGAAUGGUUUCGGUUUACCUUUACAUCCCCAACAUCAUUGGAUAUAUAAGAGUUAUCAUGAAUAUUGUUGCAUUUGCUGUUUGCUUUUCCAAUAAAUUGCUGUUUGCCGUUCUUUACUUUAUCAGCUUUGCUUGUGAUGCAUUGGAUGGUUGGUUUGCACGCAAGUUCAAUCAAGUGUCAACUUUUGGAGCUGUCUUAGAUAUGAUAACGGACAGAGUUAGCACAGCUUGUUUGUUGACGAUUCUCUCUCAACUUUACAGGCCUGGCAUGAUUUUCUUAUCUUUGCUUGGAUUGGAUAUUGCUAGCCAUUGGUUGCAGAUGUACAGUACUUUCUUAUCAGGUAAGACUAGUCAUAAAGAUGUUAAAGACAAAAGUAGUUGGCUUUUGAGAGCAUAUUAUAAGCACCGUCCAUUCAUGGCUUAUUGUUGCGUGGGCUCUGAGGUUCUUUACAUCAUCCUCUUCCUUCUUCACGAGGACCAAUCUGAAAGUGUUGUCACUGUUUGUUUGGAUGUAAUGAAAGCAAAUUUAGUUCUAGCAUUGCCACUGUCUUUGUCUCUCUUUGGAUGUGCAAUCAAGCAAGCAGUUAAUGUUAUACAGAUGAAAACAGCAGCUGAUGUUUGUGUACUUUAUGAUAUGCAACGAAAGGAGAAACCAUGAAUGAUCAACUGCAAAGGAUAUGCGAUUCUCUGUUAACCUUUUAUGUGAAGCUCUGGUUGACUAACAAAAAAACUUGGCUGCUCUUGAAAUUUACUUAUGGUGCGUUGGCAGCUAUGCAUUAGUUCAAGAAUUGCUUCAUGUCUUCAGCAUUAGAUAUUUGCACGACUCGCAGUAACAUUUGGUUUCUUUUUUACUUUUUGUGAAUUUUUGGUCACUGGUAUAACAACUGCUUGCAAAAUGUUGUUAAUGAACCUCAUUGUGUAGGUGAUGCCUUUUUUGUAUGAUGCAUGGUCAGCUAUUAUAAAUUCUUGUGCUUAGUGUCCAA